UCUUCGUGAACAGAAGAUAGUCCCACUCGUUGCGUUUCGUGCUCUUUUAUUAUAUUUCCUUUGUUUUCUUCAAAAUGUUCUUUCAAAAAAAUCAUUUUCUUUUUUCUCAUUAGAAUUUUUCCACAUAUAUAUAUAUAUGUAUAUAUAUAUAUAUGUGUAUGUAUGUACAUUUGUGAAAAAACAAAAUCUGUUUUAUUUCCAAUAGUUUUGUUUUAUUCGUUAAAGGAAAAUAAAAGGAGAGAGAAAAAAGAUAUUGCCUUAUCACCUUGAAUUUUGAUCUCCUCUCUCUUUUUUCUACACAAUCAUCGUUCACUUUGUUAAUUCUCAUAACAGAGAAGCAUUUAUUUUCCAAGUAAAUUGCUUGACGAAUAGGCUAACGUUUCGUAAGUACGCCGCGGGAUACGAACUUCGGACAUUAGAGAUAUUUCGGCCCUGUCAGUCGAGAGGGCGAAGUUGAACCACAAGCCCGUUGUUUUCCUUCGUACGAUAGCUUUUAAAGGAAUUCAACGAAAUUUAACGACUAUUAUCAUCGUAUCUCAAUCGAUCGAUAAUCAAAUCGAGAGAAAAAGAAAGAAAGGAUUGCGCAAGCGAGACGACAAUCUCACGAGAAGAUAACUCAAUGUACCGGAUGAUCACGAGAGGACGAUGAUAGGAUGUCGUGUCUUCAGGGCAAUAAUAUUUAUUUUCGUUAUUUGGAAUUCGAUCCUAAAUGCAGAGAAAACCAACGAAGAAGUUUCGUUAGAAUAUGGCAACUCGAAGUAUCUUCAAUCACAGAAGUAUAUGUACUCUUGGACAGGACCUAAUGCAUUAGCGAGAUCCGCUUUGUUGGAGCGUCAAGAAAGAUUACAGUAUAAUUGCGAGGAGAUUUUUAGACAUAAUAAUGUUGGAAACGGAACGUUAAGUCCUGAAUCCUUUAGAAACAUCCUCGUGGACGAACAACACGAGUUGCUUUAUUGUUAUGUACCAAAGGUUGCCUGUACAAACUGGAAACGCGUUUUAAUGAUCGCCACAGGAAAGUGGUCUGGAAAUGAUCCUUUAGAAAUACCGGCUGAUCAGGCUCACUCGCCAGGAAUUUUUUUAAGAUUAAGUAAUUACACUGCUUCGGAAAUUGAGAAAAAAUUAACAUCCUACGACAAACUUAUAGUCGUUCGACAUCCAUUUGAAAGGCUACUAUCAGCUUAUAGGAAUAAACUGGAAGCGAAACAUGAAAGGAGCUCGAGAUAUUUUCAAACUCGUUUUGGAAAGAAAAUUAUAAAGAAGUACAGAGUGAAUGCUACGCAAGAAUCAUUGAAAAAUGGGGACGAUGUUACGUUCAGAGAGUUUGUAGAAUUCAUUACCAAUGAUACUGAAAAUGGUACGAGGAACGAACAUUGGAGACCUAUAUAUGAAUUAUGUCAGCCGUGCGUAGUUAAUUACAAUCUUGUUAGUAAGUAUGAAACCUUGGUGGAAGACGCUACAGAAGUGUUGGAAAGAAUGAAUGUCGUCACCGUCAAUUUCCCAUCGAAACCACAGAGUACCGAGCCAACGUCCAAGAAAUUGGAUAGAUAUUAUUCGACUUUAAGUUAUAAACAAUUGAGAAAGUUGGAGAAUUUGUACAAAUUAGAUUUGAAAUUGUUCGAUUAUUCACUGGAGGAUGUUUUAGGAUUUUCUUUAGCUUAAAUUUAUAGUGAGAGAAUUAACGUGUACAGAGAACUGAGAUUCGAUGAAUUAAAAGAGAUUCAGAUUCUGUAUCUUUUUUUUAUUUUUUAUUUUUUUUUAUUUUUAUUUAUUUAUAUUAGAACGAUA